CGGCGGACAGCCUCGCCAAACAGCGACCCACGCCGACGGUCCCAGCACGGACACCCGCGCGCCGGCGACUUCGACUGCAGCCCUCCAGGACGACGGCCAGGACGACGCGACCUGGUGCAGCGCGCCCGAGUGCCUGAGUGCGCUAUGACGGGCUAAGCCCCUCACCGCCAUCAUGCCCGCCACCAACGUGCCCGCCCACGAGAAGGACAGUAAAGUGUUGUCGCCGCUGCUGGUGCCGCCGCCAGUGACCGAGGAUGGCGUCGCCAAGGGGGGCAAGAGCCCCCAGUCCCCCAAGACCCCCGUCGACCUGGAGGACCUGUACCGCGACCUGCCCCUCACGGAGGACACCACCUGCGGCAUCUCCUUCAUACGCGGACCCUGGCUGCAGAGGUUUGCCACCAAGAACGUCUACGUCUUGAUCUACGGCCUGCUGGGCUGCAUCUUCUCCGCCAGCUACGCCUACUCAAACGGCAUCAUCACCACCCUAGAAAAGAGGUUCAAGAUACCCAGCAAGACCAUCGGAAUCAUCACGGUGGGCAAUGACUUCACGCAGCUGUUCGUGUCGGUGUUCCUCAGCUACUACGCGGGCAAGGGGCACCGGCCGCGCUGGAUCGCCUUCGGCAUCUACACCGUGGUGCUGUACUGCCUGCUCACCGCGCUGCCGCACCUCAUGUACGGGCCGGGCGAGGACUCGCUCGCCCUCACCGUGGAGCACGGCGCCGUGUACGACCGCAACGCGUCGCACGAGGAGAGAGACAAGAUGGAGCGCAAGGCGAUGUGCGCGCUGGACGGCACCCCGGGCAUCAAGUGCGACUCCGAGGAGGGCAACAUGGCGCCCAUCGUCAUCCUGUUCCUGGCGCAGCUCGUGUCCGGCAUCGGCGGCUCGCUGUACUACACCAUCGGCGUGUCCUACAUGGACGACAACAUCAAGAAGGACAAGACCCCCGCGCUCAUCAGCUUCUCGUACUUCCUGCGGAUGCUGGGCCCAUGCAUCGGCUACGCGCUGGCGUCCUUCUGCCUCAAGCUGUACAUCUCGCCCACGCUGAGCCCCACGAUCGACAACAAGGACCCCCGCUGGCUGGGCGCCUGGUGGCUGGGCUGGAUCAUCCUGGCCGUGCUGCUGUUCCUGUUCGCCUCGGUGCUGGGCCUGUUCCCGCGCACGCUGCCCCGCGCCGCCGCGCGCCGCCUGCACGCGCAGCAGGACAAGGACGCCAAGGGCGAGGACGGCGAAGAGCAGCCCGCCGCCUCCAUCAAAGACAUGCUGACCACGUUCAAGCGGCUGCUGCAGAACCCCACGCUCAUGUGCAACAACGCGGCCUCCGUCUUCUACUUCUUCGGCUACAUGCCCUACUGGAUCUACAUGCCCAAGUACAUCGAGACGCAGUACCGCCAGUCCGCGUCCAGCUCUAGCCUCGUCACUGGCACGGUGGGCAUCGUGUUCUCCGGCAUCGGCAUCCUGCUGUCCGGCAUCGUCAUCACCAAGUUCCGGCCCAACGCGCGCCACAUGGCGCUGUGGAACACGCUCGUGGGGCUCGUCUCGGCUGCCGGCAUCAUCUCCUACAUCUUCCUGGGCUGCCCGGACAACGACAGCUACGGCGGCCUGCUCAAGCCGAGCGGAGAGCUGGAGACGUCCUUCCAGUGCAACACGGACUGCCUCUGCGAGUACGUCAAGUACUCCCCGGUGUGCGCGUCCGACGGCUACACCACGUACAUCUCGGCGUGCCACGCGGGCUGCCGCGACUACGACCUCGGGCCCAGCGGCGGCAAGGUCGCGACGUACAAGAACUGCAGCUGCAUCGCGCCGCUGAUGCGCAACGGCACCCUGCUGGGGACGACGCCAGCCCCCACGGCCACGUUCGGCUCGGCGACGUACCCGGAGGGCGGCAUCGCCACGCCGGGGGCCUGCCCCGUCGACUGCUCGCACACCUUCUACAUGUUCCUGGCCGUCGUCUGUCUGCUCAAGUUCAGCGGCGCCACGGGCAGGGCCACCAACUUCCUGGUGUCCGUCAGGUGCGUCGAGGAGAAGGACAAGCCCGUGGCCAUGGGGCUGGGCAUCACCCUCAUGAGCCUCUUCGCCUUCAUGCCGUCCCCGAUCUUCUUCGGCUACCUUAUGGACGCCACGUGCCUGGUGUGGGGUAAGACGUGCACGGGGAACGGCAACUGCUGGCUGUACAACGGGGAGUCGCUGCGGUACCUACUUAACUUGACUUCGGCAGGGUUCGUGCUGGUCGGGACCAUGUUCGACGCCGGGGUCUGGUACUUCGUCAAGAACGUGCAGAUCUUCGACGACGACGUCAAGGCCGUGGUGACGGCCGUGCAGCCCGAGGAGCAGCUCUACGGCUCGCGGCUCAACCUGGACCACAACGAGAAGGAGGACGAGUGCGAGAUGCAGAACAACAUCCUGAACCACUUGAGCAACCAGCACAACGAAAAGACAAAUCACACAUCAGACGAGGGCACUAAACACUAAAGUUCAUUAGUUUAUUUUUUUUUUCAUAGCUCUGAUUCUAUGUUAGUCAGAUGUGUAUUUUUAUACUGUGAUGAUGUGUGUCGUAUUUUUAUUAUUUGUACGGAAUGCUGUGCGUGAUACCAAAUGUCAUACUGUUCUUUAUUUUUUUUGUGUGUCUGUAUGUAUAUGAGUGAAUGUAUAUACGUGUGCCUGUGUGUUACUUUAGCGGUCUAGAAUAAAACGCUUCGUUCCUAUUGAAA